UCUAUGAGGAAAGAAUCAUAGCUGGUUUAGCGCACGUGUGUGGCCGGUGGUUAUUUCUUGGCCCCGGAGGAGCCGCGUAGCCAAGAUGGGCAAGAAGGGCAAAGUCGGCAAGAGCCGGAGGGACAAAUUCUACCACUUGGCCAAGGAGACUGGCUUCCGCUCCCGUUCAUCCUUCAAGCUCAUCCAACUGAACCGCAAAUUCCAGUUCUUGGCAAAGUCACGGGCACUGCUAGAUUUGUGUGCUGCUCCUGGAGGAUGGCUGCAGGUGGCCUCAAAAUUUAUGCCAGUGUCCAGUCUUAUUAUUGGAGUUGACCUGGUUCCUAUAAAGCCCAUUCCUAACGUGGUAACAUUGCAGGAGGACAUCACCACAGAGAAGUGUCGCCAGGCUUUGCGCAAGGAACUGAAGACAUGGAAAGUAGAUGUUGUGCUGAAUGAUGGGGCUCCUAAUGUUGGAGCCAGCUGGGUGCAUGAUGCUUUUUCCCAAGCUAACCUUACGCUGUCAGCACUCAGGCUGGCCUGUGACUUCCUGUCCAAGGGUGGCUGGUUUGUCACCAAGGUCUUCCGUUCCCGGGACUACCAGCCCCUGCUGUGGAUCUUCCAGCAGCUCUUCCGCAAGGUGCAAGCCACCAAACCUCAGGCCUCGCGCAAUGAAUCUGCUGAGAUCUUUGUGGUCUGCCAAGGUUAUUUGGCCCCAGAUAAAAUUGAUAACAAGUUCUUUGAUCCCAAGUUUGCAUUCAAAGAAGUGGAGGUGCAGGCCAAGUCUGUGACUGAACUGGUGUCCCAGAAGAAACCAAAGGCAGAAGGAUAUGAAGAUGGUGCCACAGUUCUGUAUAACCGUUGCAAGCUGACUGACUUUCUGAAGGCCUCAAAUCCUGUUGACUUUCUGGCCAAGGCCAGCGAGAUUGUCUUGGAUGAUGAAGAACUGAAGCACCACAGUGCCACCACCGAGGAAGUGCGCCACUGCUGCCAGGAUAUCCGUGUUCUGGGCCGGAAGGAGCUCCGGGCUUUGCUGAAUUGGAGGACAAAGCUGAGGCGGUUCCUGGUCAAGAAGCUAAAAGAACAAGCCAAAGAAACAGAUAUCAACUUGAGUUCUGGUGAGGAAGGUGAAGAAGAAGAAGAGGAAACGCAGCCUAGACGGACAGAUCCAGGGAACCAGGGUGAGGAUGAAGAUGAUGAUGAUGAAAAAAAGGAGGCUGAAGAGCUGGAGUUAAAGCUCGCUGAGCUCAAAGCCGAAGAGAUUGCAGAACUGAAGAGGAAGAAACGGAAAAUCUUGCGUGAGCGGCGGCGCCAGCGGGAGCGUGUCGAGCUCAAGAUGGAUCUUCCUGGUGUUUCUGUCGCCGACGAUGGUGACACGGGGAUGUUCUCCCUGCGGGCCAUUGGCAAGAGUCAGCUCCUGCAUGAAGUGGUCCAGGGUGACAUGGCAGCAGCAGAUACCUUCGUGGAGACAGCAGCCAGUGCAGACAAUGACCUCUCACUCUCAGAAGGAGACUCAGAUGACGAUGAUGAUGUUUCUUUGGCUAGCGAGUUGGAUGAGGAGGAGAUGGCUGAGGUGGAGGAGCGUUCCAGCCAGAUGAAGCGGGCCCGUGCCCCAGAAAGGGUUGCCUGUGAAGAGGAGGAGGAAGAUGACACUGAGGCUGGCAAUCCACUCUUGGUGUCGCUGGAGGGCAAGGAGGAGCGUGAGCAGCAUCAGAUGAGCUUGUGGUUUGGCAAGGAAGCUUUUGCUGGGAUCGAUGACUAUGCUGAUGAGGCACUGGAGAUUGGGCAGGCACAGGUCCUGUCCCAGAACCGGGCAGAACCACCGUCUGUCUCCAGAAAUAUGAAGAGGAAAAAGAAAAUGUCUGAGCAUGAGGCUGCACCAGAGGAGAUGCCCAAGGAGGGCCAGCAGCCCGAGGGAACCGGAGCCCCAGCUGAGGAGAAGGGCUCGGACACAGAGGAGAGUGACAGCAGCGACAGUGAGGGGGAGCAGUCAGCCUUGCGUGUGGGACCAAAGCGCCCCCGGGAGGAACCAAACAGUAUUGAAGUCGUUCCCAUUGAAGACCCAGUGAAGCGAGCGCGUGUUCUGGACGCGGAAGGACUGGCGCUAGGAGCCGUCAUCGCUACCUCCCGCAAGGCCAAGAGAGACUUGAUUGAUGACUCUUUCAACAGAUACGCCUUUAACGAGGAAGAUGGGGAGCUCCCAGAGUGGUUCGCCCAGGACGAGCAGCAGCACCGGCGCAAACCGUUGCCCCUGGACCGGCAGGCGGUGGAGGAAUACCGCCAGCGCUGGCGGGAGAUCAAUGCUCGGCCCAUCAAGAAAGUGGCAGAAGCCAAGGCCCGCAAGAAGCGCCGGAUGCUGAAGAAAGCAGAGCAGAUGAGGAAGAAGGCGGAAUCCGUCGUGAACACUGUGGACAUCUCGGAGCGUGAGAAGGCUGCUCAGCUGCGCAGCAUCUACAAGAAAGCAGGGUUAGGCAAGGAGAAGCGGCAAGUGACCUACGUCGUGUCCAAGAAGGGUGCAGGCCGCAAGGUCCAUCGCCCAGCCGGAGUCAAGGGCCAGUUCAAAGUGGUGGACAGCCGUCUCAAGAAGGAUAUGAGAGCCCAGAAACGCAAAGAGCAGAAGCCAAGACGCCGGCGGCAGAAGUAAACUGCUGUCAUGGUACAUGGCUCUUGCAAGGGAGUGGCACCUCCGGCCUCUCUGGAACAUCUCAGGAUUUCACAAGAAAUACGCCCCUGAAUCCACCCCUGAUGCAGGCACUGAGGGCAAAGCCUUGUCCUAUAGACUGCAUUUGUGAGGUAGCAAUGAAUGUACCAGGCGUUUUGAGAGGAUCACAUGCCCGGUGUUUGCUGCCUUGAUGUAUGCAGUUCAGACACUGGUGCUGUAAGCUGUAUGGGCAUCGGACAGUUUGAGAUAUUUGCCGUCCUGGUGGUGUUUAUGUUCCUGAAGUUCUCCCCUUAAAGAUCUCUGCCCUUCAUGUUUGUGCUUUACUAAACUCUUUUUCUCAAAUGCUGUUCUCCAGGCUAUCUUUAUUUUUCUUGCCAACAAAAAAGUGCCUUUGGGUUGCUUGACAGUCUUCAAGGGGGGUGUGGGGGGGUUGGGCUGGCAGUGUGAUGGCCAAGGUUGCAAGCAAGGCUGAAUAUUCUUGCUGUAGGAGGGCUGUGAGCAGUCCAUGAUCACACAGCAGAAAUUGCUACUGGGUGCAGAACACAGCAAUAUUUAAAAGCUUUAUUAACUCUCUUUCUCUUCCUAUUUUUAAAGAAGGCUGCUAGCCCUUAAUGCUUGGGGGAGCAAUUUGUGUUCUUCCAGGCAUGUUCUACAACAUCCAUCAGCCCUAACUAGCAAAGCCAGGGGUGAGGUUGGGACUGCUUUUAUCUGUUUUUGAUAGUAUUAUUUAUACUCUAUUUUCUUGAUCUCAUAAGCCACCGUGAGGGUUAUGGUGGGAAGCUGAGUCGAAAUUUCUUAAUGAAGAUGGAUUUUGAAACUCGUGGACUAACUCCCCAGUAAUAUCUUUAAAGAUGGGUCAUGGGACAGCAGCCACAGGAGGGUAUCCUGUGUUUGAAGUGUCACUGCUGAGCUUGCUCCUCGAUCAAGGACUCGGCUGCCCCCAAACUACAGAACACUCUCCUCCAGAACUGCAAUUGCCUUCCAUUCUCAUGGCCUUUAGAAAGGGUGUGAAGAUGCAUCUUUUCAAUUUAAUCUUGUCAGAUAUGUGCUUUAAAUGUUCUUGUUUUUCUUCAUUUGAGAUUUUAUCAGAUUGUUGUCUCCCACCCUAAAGGCUUUUUAGCAAGCAGAGGGCAGGUUUACAUGACACAUGAAUCCCCCUGGGAGUUUUACCCCCGCACUGCUAGUAAAAUUCCCCUGACCUGACAGGCAUGGCACCAGUUGUGUCCCUGCUCCUUCCCCCCUUUCUUUUGCCCCUCCUGUCAAGGUCCGUCUGUGAUGUCCUAAAAGGGCAGCGCCUUUGAGAGCAGGAAAGAUGGAGGCACACAGGGAGGGCAAUGGGAAGGGGGCCUCCCACCUAAUGUCCCUCUUUCUCCCCUGAUGGGAAAGGAUCAUGGGGCUGGGAGUGCCCUCCACUGGGUUUGCCUUCAUCUCAGGGGAAAGCAAGCAUAGUGUGGCUUUCCCUGCUGCCACAGGCGGGAUCCAGUUGCUUGGCCUUGCUUCCUCGCGCAGAAGAUGGCCCAGCAGCUGCUUCUGCCACUGGGUGCAGAUUUCUCAGACCCAGUAGCAUGCUGUGGAAAACCACGGGUUCCCCUGGGCUCCUGCCAAGGUGGGGAGGACAACAUGUACGAGUAUUUAAAUGCAUAAAUAUUCAUCAGUCAUUAUAGUGACAUUAUUUUGGCUGAUGCUGUUAUCAAUGAACAAGUCGUGGCAAUACUUUAAAUUCACAAUUUUAAACUGUUCUUUUAAAAAAGUUUUUUUUAAAAAAAAAAGCCAUUGUAAUGUAAUGCCUUUGUAAUUAUUUAAAAAGUUGUGAUCUCUAAAAAAGUAAAUGACAUUGUAAUUAAUACUCUGGUUUCUCUUCAGAUUGUAUAAAUCUUUAAACUUUUUGACAUUGUAAUUGAAAAAUGGAACUGGAUUUUUUAAGCUAUUGUAUUUUUAAAAGCAUUCCAACAUUUGUAUUGUUAAAAUACAUACACUUGUCCUUUUAUGCCUA